GAAAAUGCUAAAACAAUGAACAUUGAUACUCAACUCACUUCGAUGAAUGCUUAGGCAACUCGGCCGUUCCCCUUGGUCGAGUGAGAAAAAUCUGUGCAGCUAAUCAAUUUCCGAGCUCUCGUCCAAGCCAAUUCGUUUCCGAAACGUUCAAUCUAAGCUACAAGUGAUGAGCAAGAAGAAGAAUCCUCUCGUAUUCUUAGAUGUUUCAAUUGAUGGGGAACCAGUCCAAAGAAUUAUCAUAGAACUCUUUGCCAAUGUUGUUCCCAAAACUGCAGAAAAUUUCAGGGCACUCUGUGCUGGUGAAAAGGGGAUUGGGAAGACUACAGAGAAGCCUCUUCACUACAAAGGAACGUUUUUUCAUCGAAUUAUUAAAGGGUUCAUGGCCCAAGGUGGUGAUUUUUCAAGGGGAAAUGGUACUGGUGGUGAAAGUAUUUAUGGUGGAAAAUUUUCAGAUGAGAACUUCAGACUAAAACAUGAUGGACCUGGCAUUCUUUCCAUGGCAAACAGUGGUCCAAACACAAAUGGAUCUCAAUUCUUUAUAACGUUUAAGCCCCAACCUCACCUUGAUGGGAAACACGUUGUCUUUGGAAAAGUUGUGGUGGGAAUGGAUGUUGUGAAGAAAAUUGAGCAGAUAGGAACAGGUGAUGGGAAACCUGGACAACCUGUGAAAAUUGUAGACUGUGGUGAACCAGCGGAGAUUAAGGGUCAAGCUGCGGUGAGAAAGGAAAAAGAGAAAAAGAAAAAGCUGAACAAGAUUACAUCUUCAGAAUCUAGUUCUGAUGACCAAGUGAGAGGCAGACAGAAGAAGUCCUUGAAGGACCGAAAAAAGAAGAGAAGGAGAUACUCUUCAUCUGAUUCGUACAGCUCCGAUUCUGAAUCUGAUUCCUAUUCUUCAGAUUCUUCAGUUUCUGAUUCUAGUUCCUCGAGUGAUGGAAAGUUCAGGAAGAGGAGAUCCAAGAAAACAGCAAAGGCCCAGCAUGGAAGGAAAAGAAAAGGUCGAAAAACAGAGAAGAGAGGUCGUCUAGGAAAGCGUUCAAAGCGCAAGGCUAAAUGGAGUUCUAGUUCAACUGAAACAGGGAGUGACAGUACUAGUGGUAGCAGUAGUAGUUCUGACAGUGAAAGAGUGGAUCAUCGUGCUGCUAUUCGUAAAAUCAAGGAUUCAAAGCAUUCCGAGACUAAAUCAAAAGCAAUUAUUGAUGAGAAGGAAUCCAUGGAGAAACAGAAAAAUCAGGACACCAAUUUAUUACAGGAAGAAGGUGAACUGUCCCCCAAGCAUGAAGAUAUUCCGAACAAUAGUCAUAAAACUGAAGCUGAGAAACUCAAGAGAUCUGCGAAUCAACGCACUGUUUCUGAUGCUUCUAACUACUCAAGGAGCCCUACUCCUGAAAGGCGACGAAGCAGCCCCAGGAACGAUCUUAACAGAAAUCGUGAUAAAACAUUUGGAAGUCCUGUUAGAAAAGUCCCUGAUCCUUCUGCUUCAGAUCAUGGUCAAACUAAAUCAAGAAGCCGUUCCCCAAAUGGCACUCCAAAACGUGUUAGGAAGGGUCGUGGUUUUACUGACCAGUACUCAUUUGUGCGCCGUUACCGUACUCCAUCACCUGAACGCCCUCAUAGUUAUGGUGGUAGAAAUAUUUAUGGAAGAAGUCGUAAUAACGGGUAUUCGAACUACAGAAACAAACGUGAUUGGUCACCUGAUAGGCGAUAUCGGAGCCCACCUAGAGGCAGGGGCCCUCAAAGAUACGGAAGGAGGAGUCGGAGUGUUUCACGUAGCCCAGGGAGUUAUCGUGGUCGUUACAAAGACCAUAGCAGGAGUCGGAGUCCAGUAAGGAGUCCUAGUCCUUUGGAAAAGCGAACUCAGAUAAGUGAGAGACUAAAAUCACGUCUUGGACCAAAUAACAAUAUUUCCCCAGAGAAAGAAAGCUCGCGAUCGAGGAAUCGUAGCUUGUCACUUUCAAGGUCUCCAGUUAAACGUCGUGGUGUUGCUAAUUCUGCUUCUCCGAGUCGGUCUAGAUCGAGCUCCUUGUCUGGACAAAGGGGGUUAGUUUCGUAUGGAAAUGGAAGUCCUGAAUCCUGAGAGGAUAAGGGCCGUAAGCUUUGUGUACUACCUGCAAGUUAUAGAAAUGGUAAAAUGCUUGAAUCCCUCAUUUUGACCUUAAUUUAAUUUUAUUUGAUGCUUGAACUAGUUUGUAUUGCUUAGAUCAUCUCUGUUCAAAUAGGUUUGACACUGUUGCUGUGGUUGAGUCGAGAAAGAAGGGAGCAAUUGCCUGCCUUUUUAAUUCCUAAUUUGUUGAGGAAUUUAAUUAUAUGUAUAAAGUUUAGGAGGUGAAAUUUUACUUCUCUA